AACUUCGCUUCUUUUGCUCUCAUGGGUUCUCUUUGUCUUCCAUCUUCACUUGUGCUGGAAAUUCAAGCAGAGAGACCCAAACAGAUUCGUUCGACUUCAACAUGGGUAUCGUGGGUAUUCUCAUGUUUGCGCUGAAUUUCCUUCACCUUUUUGCAUGGCCUCUAUUGGCUUUGGGGUAUCCUCUAUUUGCUUCGAUCCGGGCAAUUGAAAGGGAUUCAAAUUGGGAGACAAAGAAGUUGGUGACAUAUUGGAUUUCCUUCUCUUUGCUUUCACUCUUUGAUCAUUCUUUCGUCAACCUCCUUCAAUGGAUAAAGUUCUGGCGUCAUAUUAAGUUAAUGAUCAUUUGCUUGCUGGUUAUACCCUAUUUCAAUGGUGCUUUUUACGUCUACAAUCACCUUGUUCGUCCAUACCUCUUACUUAACCCACAAGUUAUUGUUGAUGAAUUCCGUAAGUGGAUGGUGCUCUUAUGCAAGAGAGAUCAAUUUCUAGCUGAGGCAGAGAGAUAUAUCAAAGGGAAUGGACCUAAAGCUCUUGAGAAACUCAUUGAUAAAGAGUUUGAGACCCAAAAGCCUAAUGUUGACGUGGAAGAGAUCAAAGCUAUUGCAACUGCUACAGAGAAAAAAGAAGUGGAGUGGUCAAAUGAGUACAAUGAUCCAUCCCUGCGGGAAGAAUUAUUUCCAGCAAUCAUUGAUGGAUCAUACAGCAAAGAACCUGAUAUACUGGAGAUAGAUAAUAAAGCUGUGGAAGUAACAGAGAAAAAGGAAGUGCCUGCAGCCAACCAGUUAACCACUGAAAGUGAAAAAACAUUGAAUAUGCACCUUCAAGAGAAGAAACACAAGGCUACUUAUGAGGCACUGAAAGGAAAGAACCAGUCGAACAUUAUCAAUUUUGGGUCUGUUUUACCGGUAUUGGCUUCAACUAUAAAGACAACUUAUCAGCCAAUGGAGAAUCCACAAAAGAUUGAAUCUACCAAUGGAUUGAGAGGGAGCACUACUACAAAUCAUGAUGAAAAAGGGCAAGGCCAGCCAAAGAGUGUCUUGUCUUCAACUGCAAAGGAAUCUGAUCAGCCCACAAAACAGAUUUUUGUACCGGAGCGUAGUCUCGAUCCAACUGAUAACAGAACAUCAACCACUAUGGAGAUUGAAGGACCAGAUGUGGCAGUUGCAGCACCCAGAGAACUUCCUGAUAUACACGUGUUUAAGGAAGUUCAAAAAGAGUGGACUGGUGCUAUAUGUCAGGUGACCACUGAAAGUGAAAAACCAUUGAAUAUACACCUUCAAGAGAAGAAACACAAGGCUACUUAUGAGGCACUGAAAGGAAAGAACCAGCCAAACAUUGUCAAUUUUGGGUCUUUUUUAACGGUAUUGGCUUCAACUACAGAGACAACUGAUCAGCCAAUACAGAAGCCUCAAAAGAUUGAAUCUACCAAUGGAUUGAGAGGGAGCACUACUACAAAUCAUGAUGAAAAAGGGCGAGGCCAGCCAAAGAGUGUCUUGUCUUCAACUGCAGAGGAAUCUAAUCAGCCCACAAAACAGAUUUUUGUACCGGAGCGUAGUCUCGAUCCAACUGAUAACAGAACAUCAACCACUAUGGAGAUUGAAGGACCAGAUGUGGCAGUUGCAGCACCCAGAGAACUUCCUGAUAUACACGUGUUUAAGGAAGUUCAAAAAGAGUGGACUUGUGCUAUAUGUCAGGUAACCACAAGCAGCAAAAUAACCUUGAAUAUGCACCGUAAAGGGAAGAAACACAAGGCCACUAUUGAGGCACUGAAAGCAAAGAACCAGCCAAACUUUGGAUUGAAACAAAAGAUUAUCCUUACUGACAAGGAAAAAACACUAGGCCAGCAAAAGAAUGCAAAGAAAGAAGCUAUUCGUGUGAAGAAUUCCACUUUCAAGUGCUACAUCUGUAAUGUAAACUGCACUGGGAAGAUCGACUUGGCUUCUCACUUAAGAGGGAAAAAGCACUUGGAGCAGGUUCAAGUUUUUAAUGGGAAAAUAUUAGGUGAACUUUAGGUGAUUGCACCAGCUAAAGUUGAAUCACAGCUGAUAAACUUUAUUUUGGAUUAUGUUGAAUUGAUGUAUUUGCAUCAGCACACCAAUACUAGAUGUGAAAUGGCACUGAAAUAGGAUUUCAUUGUGAACUAUCUGUUAAAAAUGUACCAAAAUUUAGAAAUAACAUUUGUGGUUGCAUAUGAGAAUACUACACUUGCUUUCA